CCUGUCCUGAAUCAGGCCGGUCUCCCACAGGGUCCAUCAGAUCAGAAGGUCGUCGUGGUAACGGUGGAUAACUGUGACACAUCAGUGGCGCUUCGUUUUGGUCGCACCAUCGGUAACUACUCGUGCGCGUCUCAAGGCAGCCAAUCAGGAUCCAAGAAGUCUCUGGACCUCACGGGGCCGCUGUUGCUGGGCGGAGUCCCUCACCUGCCCGAGGAUUUCCCCGUGCAGAGCCGGCAGUUUGUGGGCUGCAUGAAGGACCUGCACAUCGACAGCAGAUACGUCGACAUGAACAGCUACAUCGCUAACAACGGCACUGUACCAGGAUGCUCAGCGAAGAGGCAGAUGUGUGUGAGCAGCCCGUGUGUGAACGGCGGUGUGUGUGUGAGUCUGUGGGGUUCUCUCAGGUGCGACUGCCUGCUGGGGUUUGGGGGGCGGAGCUGUGAGAAAGUGAUGCCAAACCCUCAGCGUUUCCAUGGUAAUGGCCUGUUGCUGUGGAACGACCUGGGUGCCGUGGUGACCGUUUCCUGGCGACUGGAGCUGAUGUUCCGCACACGACAAGCGACGUCUACGAUUUUACACUUCGCCACCGAGCAGCAGCACAACAUCACGGUGCAGCUGCGAGACAGCAGUGUGUUGAUGUCUCUGUACCGGGGUGAGGACUCGGCUGUGUCUCGUCUCGAGGAGGCAUCUGUUGCGGAUGGGGAGUGGCAUCACCUGCAACUCGAAGUGCGCACGUCAUCAAGGGAAGUUGUGCGAGGACCCACAGCGACACUCACACUCGACCACGGCCUCUACACGUCCUCUAUGGAGGUGGACAGUGAGAUUCAGGGCGCGAUGGUGAACAUUCUGAGUGUUGGAGGCGUCGCUGCCGGAAAUGACAAAGUGCACCAUGGAUUCCGGGGGUGUGUACAGGGUGUGCGUGUGAGCGAUGACGUGCUGAGUGUGUUUCAGGCUCACAGAUUAAAUGUGGAAGAUGGCUGCCAUGUGUCUGACCCCUGCGCCUCCAGCCCUUGCCCUGCCCACAGCUCCUGCUCCAAUCGCUGGGACUCCUUUACCUGCACCUGCCUGCCAGGUUACUAUGGUGACAACUGUACAGAUGUGUGCGCUCUGAACCCUUGCGAGCACCACUCAGCUUGCAGCAAGAAGUCAGGCUCCGCCCACGGCUACACAUGUGACUGCCACAGUAAUUAUUUCGGACGCUACUGUGAGAAAAAGACUGACCUGCCGUGCCCUCGGGGUUGGUGGGGACAUAAGACAUGUGGUCCGUGUAACUGUCCAACCGACAAGGGCUUCGAUUCAGACUGCAACAAGACCAGUGGAGAGUGUCGCUGCAAGGAUAACCACUACCGGCUGCUGGGCAGUGAUGUGUGUUUGCUGUGUGAGUGUUACCCCAUGGGCUCGUUGUGGCGUGUGUGUGACAGACAGAGCGGGCAGUGUCAGUGUAAGCCGGGUGUGAUCGGCCGACAGUGUGACCGCUGUGACAAUCCGUUCGCCGAGGUCUCAGCCAAUGGCUGUGAAGUGAUCUAUGACAGUUGUCCCCAGGCGAUUGAGGGAGGGAUUUGGUGGCCCAGGACGAAGUUUGGUCUCCCAGCAGCAGUGCCGUGUCCUAAAGGCUCCACAGGUACAGCAAUCAGACACUGUGAUGAACACAAAGGCUGGCUGCCUCCCAACCUUUUUAACUGCACCUCCAUCACCUUCACUAAGCUCAAACCGCUGUGGGAGGGGGUGAACAGAAACAUGUCUGUGUUGGACUCGGUUAAAGUUCAGCAGGCUGUGUCUCUGCUCUACAACGCCACAGCACAUACACACUCCUACUACGGCAGCGACGUCCAGCUCGCCUACCGCCUCACACACACACUGCUGCAGCACGAGAGUAACACACACGGCUUCAACCUGGCCGCUACACAGGACGUCCGCUUCAACGAGCACCUGAUGCGUGUGUGUAGUGCGAUCCUGGCCUCAGACACUCGUCGUCACUGGGAGCAGAUCCAGCAGACACAGGGAGGAACGGCCGCGCUGCUGCAACAGUUUGAAGCGUACACACACACACUUGCGCAGAACAUGAGGAGAACCUACCUGAACCCUUUCACCAUCAUCACACCUAACAUAGUCCUCUCUAUCGAUCACUUGGAUAAGGUGAAUUUUUCCGGCGCUAAACUCCCUCGCUAUCAGUCUUUGCGUGGACUCCGCCCACUCGACCUUGACACGACUGUCACGCUCCCCGAUUCCGUUUUUAGCCCCACCCCCGAGGGUAAAGGUCACCGACAUCACGGUGAGCCAAUCACGGAGCUCAGUAGGAAUCACUCGGCCAAUCGGAAGAGGCGUCAUGCUGAUGAGCGCGAGCAUCACGCCAUCUCCAGCAUCAUCAUCUUCCACACACUCGCUACACUACUGCCGGAGAGAUACGACACGGACAAGCGGAGUCUACGGGUUCCUAAGCGGCCGGUCAUUAACACUCCGGUGGUCAGUGUGAUGGUGUUUGAUAAUGAACAGCUCGUACAGCACACGCUGGACAAACCCAUCACACUGCAGUUCCGCCUGCUCACCACCGAGGAGCGCUCUAAACCCAUCUGUGUCUUCUGGAACCACUCCAUUGGUUGGUCCUCUAAAGGGUGUGAGGUGGUUUUCAGGAACAACACACACAUCAGCUGCCAGUGUUACCACAUGACCAGCUUCGCCGUACUGAUGGACAUCUCACACAGAGAGAACGGUGAGAUCUUGCCCGUCAGGUUGGUGACGAUGUGUACGGUGUCAGUGACUCUGGGCUUCAUCUUCCUCACCAUCAUCUUCCUCACCUGUCUGAGAGACGUCACCUCCAACCUGAGCAGCAUCGUCAACAACGGAGCCUCCGCCCUCUUCAUCGCCCAGCUGCUCUUCAUCCUCGGCAUCAACCAGACCGACAACCCGUUUGUGUGUACGAUCAUGGCCAUCCUGCUGCAGUUCUUCUACAUGUGUGUGUUCUCUUGGCUUUUCCUCGAGAGUCUCCACGUGUACCGCAUGCUGAAUGAAGUGCGAGACAUCAACUACGGCCCCAUGCGCUUCUACUACCUCAUCGGCUGGGGCGUGCCGGCCAUCAUCACCGGCCUGGCUGUGGGUUUGGACCCCGAGGGCUACGGAAACCCGGAUUUCUGCUGGCUCUCUCUGUAUGACACGCUGGUCUGGAGUCUUGCCGGACCGAUCGCUCUCGUGGUGGCUAUGAAUCUCUUCCUGUAUAUCCUGGCCUCCAGAACAUCGUGCACAUUUAAAACACACAGCUGUGAGAAUAAAGAACCUCCAGUGUGCGGAUUGCGGACAGCGUGUGGUGUGUUGUUCUUGGUGACGGUGACGUGUUUACUUGCUCUGCUCUCCGUCAACACUGAUCUGAUUCUGUUUCACUACCUGUUUGCAGCAUUCAACUGUCUACAGGGUCCCUUCAUCUUCUUUUUCAGGAUUGUGUUCAGUAAAGAGGUUCGUAGCGCUGUGCAGUUCUGCUGCGGCAAAAAACGUCCAGAACACACCAUCAAAACCAAACCAUCAUCGUACAGCAGUAGUUAUGUAGACGGACGUGUGUAUCAUUUGUCCUAUUCUGAGUCCAGUGUUUCUCUAAAUGGGACGCUGCAGAGCAUCAAGAGCCAACACAGUUACGUCCCCUUCAUACUGAGGGAGGAUGGAGGUUUGAAUAACAGCGACGAUGCUCUGAACAACCAUGAAAACAAAGAUGACCCUGACUCAGACUCAGACAGUGACCUGUCAGAGAUGGAGGAUGAUCAGAGCGGCUCGUACGCCUCCACACACUCAUCAGACAGCGAGGAGGAGGAUGAGCAAUACACACCUGAGGAGUGGUGGGAAAACCACACACACACCGGCCAGAGGGAACAGGACUGUGAUUCAGGGGGUGUGGCCAAACCAAAGGCGGAGACUCUGACCCCUCCAGAAGAGAGAGCUGAGAAUUAUGGGAAAGAGAGCACACUGCCCUUACUACUACAAAACCCCCACACACACACACACAGAGGCAUUCUGAAGAAGAAGCCCCUCUCUCCGAUCGCUGAGAGAAAUGGGAUACACCGCAUCCAUAACCAGCUGUCCGUCAGCCCCUCAGGCUCCGCCUCCUCCAGAGGCCCCGGUGCUUCCAUAGGCUCCUCCCCCAGACAGAGCCGAGGGGGCGGAGCCACACUGGAUCGGCCGAACGGGGCCGCUACGAGCAUGAGUACAGGAGCGCGAGACAGUGACUCGUCCGGAUCAGACCACUCCCGCCAAACCUCCAUGUGACCGCACCGAUGACGUAAGGGGUGUGUCCACCAUCCCAGAAGCCACACCCACCAGCAUCAGCAACACAGAAGGAAAAUGGAAGGUGUUGAACAAUCCCAGGAUUCCCGGCGCCGGUCUGCGUAACGGACUUCUCCUCAGCGAGCCGCCGGGACCUCGACCUCUAGUUUUAUUUCUCCUCCUGUGUUUGAAGUGUUGCACUUUUUCAAAGGAAUUCUGUGGGAGAGGAAAAAUGAUGAGAAAAUGAUGAGACUUUAAAGACGGGGGUGCGUAAGGACAUUGAGCUGAACAGGAAGUGUGGAGCGUUGGGGAAUUCCAGGGAAACUCCAUUGCUUUAUGGAGAGAUUAUACGGCUGGGAUCAGACGGCGUUUACUGUCCUCCACGCUUCACGCCCUUCGUUUAAAUACUCCUCCUGCUCCUGCGCUCCUUCAGGACGAGGGCGUCUGGGUAGGAGCAAUUUCUGUCCUCCACUGACAGACCCAUCGUUCUCAGAGAAGGUCCCAUAAAUCUGCUCUCGAUUCCCCCAGCAACAGGCUUUUAAAUACGGUGUUGUGAUACCGUCGUGAGUCGUGAUCAAACAACCGCCAAUUGUCGCUAUACAAACCAUAUUUGGUGUAAAUGGGCAUUACGUGAACUGCUGCUUUAAUAUCGGCACUUGCCUGCUACACACACACACACACGCACACGCGCACACACCCACACACGUGUAGUAAUGAUGCCUUCUCCACCAUCCAGCCUUCAUUUUAUAUGAAUGAUGAAGGUUAAAAGAGCAAAACACAAAACCCUUUGAUACACUGAGAUUUUUUUUGUGGCUGAAUAUCAGGAGAUAAUUUUAUACAGAUGUUUUUUUAUUUUAUUUGAAGAAACCUGAACGAUUUCACUUUUGUAUUUUGUAGUUUAGAAAUGAAGGCCGCUGUUGUUGUUGUUUGUGAAAUAUUUCCCCUCGUGUGUAAAACUGUAUUAAAAUAAGCUCUGAUCUUGUA